AUGAAAUAAGAUGAACUUCAUUCCCCCAGUCUAUGUGGGUAUCUAAACUUUUUCCACGUUUUAGGAGAGAUGGAAUCAUAAAAUCUAAUCUCUCAAUAGGAGAAAAAGAUUGUGAAAUAAAAGUUGACAGUCAAGGAUCCUUCAUUAUUAGUAUUAUUAUCAAAAUAACAUGAUGAUAAUAAAAUGAAAGAAAUGUUACUAACAUACGUUGGUUAGCUUCAAAUGACAAGAUCAAAAUCAUAGACAUAAGAAUUAAGUCCAUCAAGAAAGCAUGAGGGAUAAAUAUUAGUAAAUAAUACUUUUGAUUUUAGACUUAAACAGUAAAAAUGAUAGAUUAGUUAAUAAAAUAGUUAAACAAUAUGUUUAGACAUUCUCAUUAACAAGUAAUAGAAUUUAUAAAUAUAAUAUUAGAUCACAGAGGAAUUUAAAGAUAAAAUUUAAAAAUUGAGGAACAUUAUAUAUUAGAUUGAUCAAAAGGAGGAAAUCGAUAUAACCAUAAACUAAUAAUUGCAAUAAGUUUAUUCAUUAAUAAAAGUAAUUUUGUCAUAACACUUAGCAAAGGUAUUCACGUUAUAUGAAUUCAUUACUGUUAUUGAUGGAUGAAAAAGUUGAACCAAAAGAUAUUUAAGAAUUCCUUAAAACAUUUUUAAAUUAAUUGAUUGGUUGUACAUCCUAUGGCUAUAUCGUAAUCAAAGAUGAAAUAAUCUCAUUACAUCGAGAUGAGAAAUAUGAAUAAUUAGAUUUAGAUGAGAAAUGCAAAAGUGAAUUAUAAAAUCUCACUGAUAUCACAGAAAUACAACAAAUAGAAUCUUUGAGAAAAUAUUUUAGAAAUGGAGAAUACAUAUUGAAGUUAUCUAGCACAUCAUUUUUUACUUUACAAAUAGAUGAAGAUUUUACAUAAUUUAUGAUGUUGGCAAGUAAAUAUAAGUAUUUAGAUUCUAUUAUUGAUCUUGCUCAGUUUGUUAUUUAUACAGAACAAUAGAUUAAAGUGUAAUAUUUUAGUAUUUUAUCUAUUGGGGAUACAGUAUUAGAAAUAGGAUUGGAAAUAGUCAGAUGUUCAAAGUAUUUAUUAAUUGAAUAAAUAUUAUCAACGAUUAAUAAAUAAUAUGAAAUUUAAUAAAUAAAUGAAUAUUAACCUCAACUUGUUACAUUUAAGUUUAAAGAUUCAUAAUCUUAAAAUCUAUUUAGUACUAAUAUGGAUUUAAAGAAACCUUAAGAUUUAUUAAUCUACAAUCAAAUUAAUUAAUUAUAUUAGAGAUAUUAACAAUUUAUAAAACAAUGUUAUGAAAGAAUGUCAUUUUAUAAAUACUUCUUAAGAUCAAAGAGUCUUUAUAUGAUUGAUUUUGAUAAACAAGGGAGAUUAAGAUUUUUGAGUAAGGCAUUACCUUAGAAAAUUAAACAAUAGUUUAAUAUUGAUAAAACUUAAAUUGAUUAAACUUAUAAGUAGAUUUUCAAUUCAAAUUAAUAAAUGAUAGAGACUAUUGAAACUUAUAUAAGUAAUUCAAAGUGGAAGCUUAAUCAAUAAGAGGAUGAAUCAAAUAAAACUUAUGAAAUUUUUAUAAGAAAAGAGGAAAAACAAUUUAAAGGAUUUACAUUAAUAGUAUCAGAGAAUGAUUGGAUAAGAAGAAAAACAUAACCUCCAAGUGCAGCUAAAUCGGUAAGAUAAUAGUUAUUGUAAACAGAAACAAUGGAUUAUAUUAAGAAAUUGGAAGAAUUUAAUCCUGAUAUAAGAAAUUCAGUUGUAGCAAUGUAUAUGCCUUAGACUUAAGAAUUCAUUCCAGUAUAAUAAUAGUCAUAGAAAACCCCAACUUUAGUUUUUAGAAAGAUAAAUAAAGAUUAAGUAGUAGGGAAGAAUAGUUUUUUAUUCAAGUAAAGGGAAGAGGAGAAAAAAUAGAUGAAAACAAAUCCAAAUAAAUUUAAUGAAUCUCAUUUAAGUGUGAAAGAGGAUGAUCUAAUAUUGGAUUCUCUAGAUUUUAAUAUUCAUAAAGUAAAAAUAAUGAUAAUUUAAUUAAAUAGAUUAAUACUACUAUUGAAAAGUAAAGAUUAGUUUGGUCAAUUUUAGCAAGAGGUAAUUUUGUAUAGAUGUAUGCUAUUCCUUAAGAUAAAUUGGUAAAUUUUUUAAAUGAAAUGGAAACUUAAUACAAUAUGAAUAAUAAUCCAUAUCAUAAUUAUGAUCAUGGAAUAGCAGUUAUGUAAGCUGUAAAUUGUUUUGUGAAAUAAUUACUAGAACAUAUAGGAGAACACUUAUUCAAUAAUAUAACAAGAUUUUGUUUAUUACUUUCUGGACUUUGUCAUGAUGUAGCUCAUACAGGUAAAACAAACACUUAUGAAGCUAAUUCAUUAAGUUCAUUGGCUAUCAGAUAUCAUGAUAAAGUGGUAUGUUUAUAUUCUUUAUAUUUUAAGGUUUUGGAAUAACAUCAUGCAGCCACUACAGUUAAGAUUCUUAGAGAUUCAUAGACAAAUAUUCUAUGCAAUUUUUCUGAUUCAGAUUUUCGAUCUUUUAGAAAAUAAUUAGUAUCUAAUAUACUUGCUACUGAUAUGUAAGAACACUUUAAAAUGCUCAAAGAGUUUGAAUCUAGAAUUGAAUAAUAUGGUAAUGAUCCAGAAGAUCUAUCCUUAUUAUGUGGAAUGAUUACACAUACUGCAGAUUUUAAUGGUACAGCUAGAAAAUGGCCAUAAAGUUAACUUUGGAGUGAUAAAAUUAAUUAAGAAUAUAGAGCAUAAUAUGAAGAAGAGGGUAAAAAAGGAUAUCCUUAAUAACCAUUUAUGAAAGAUUUAGAUAAAGUUAAUUAUCAUAUCCUAUUCUUUAGUUGCAUGUCAUGUCAAAGAAUGAAAUGGGAUUCAUUAAAGUUAUUGUCAGACCAUUAUAUCAUUAAAUGAAUGUAUUUGGUAAAGGAGCAUUUUAAAUCUGUGUCAAUAAUUUAGAUGAAACCAUUCUUGAAUGGGAUAAAUUAUACUAAAAAGGAAUUUAAGAAUUAUAAGAUUAAGAAUAAAAAUAAUAAUAAUAAAAAUAAUAAUAAUAAUCAUAAUCAUAAUAAUAAUAAUAAUCAUAAUAAUAAUCAUAAUCAUAAUAAUAAUAAUAAUAAUCAUAAUCAUUAUAAUAAGAGACAAUGUGA